ACGGCCCUAGGAAGGAAACGCACACACAAAGAGACACAUACACUAGGUGGGAGUGGAAAGAGAACAAGACACGGUGCAUCUAAAAACAGCUGAAAGAGCAAACCUGUGUUCUGUGCCACUGCUGUGCAUCCAGUCUCAUCUCAUAACAGCAGAAAUGGCCUCUGCUAAAGCAUCACUCGGCAAGACACUGCAGAACCAUCUGAUAUGUUCCAUCUGCAUGGAGCCAUUUGUGAAUCCUGUCACUACAGCUUGUGGCCACUCCUUUUGUAAGGACUGCAUGGAACGCUCCUUAAGAUACAAUGACAUGACGUGCCCCCUAUGCAAGGGGCAUCUGAGUAAAAUCCCAGAUGUUAACAUCGUCCUGAGAAGCAUUGUUGAACAGAUGCAAACGACCCUGGAGAAAGACGAUGAUGAGUACACUGGUGCGCCCGAAGUGUCCUGUGACAUUUGCACAGAGAAAAAGCUGAAGGCUAAGAAGUCCUGCCUUGUGUGUCUUGCCUCGUAUUGUUCGACUCACCUGGAGAACCAUUCCUCAGCUGAAAGGUUCAAGGGCCACAAGUUGGUGGAACCUGUGGAGAACCUGGAUGAAAGGGCCUGUUUGAAGCAUGGACGCCCCUUGGAGCUGUACAGCAGCAAGACAGAGAGUUGCAUUUGUGUACUUUGUAUAGAGGAAGGUCACGGGGAGAUUGUUUCUAUUGAAGACGAAUGGGACAAGAAGAAGGCCAAGCUCGUAAAAACAAAGACAGAGUUAAAAGAGAAAAUUGAGAAGAGAAAAAUACGGCUGGAUGAGACUGAUACAUCUUUAAUGAGCUGCAAGGACCAGCUGGACACUGAGUGGUGGGAUAUUGAGAAUUUGUUCACAGCUGUUACUGCCAUCGUGGAGGAAGCCCAAGCGAAAGCUCUUAAGCCACUAAGUGAGAGGAGAGAAGUUGUUAAGGAAGAGGCAAAAUUCAUCAAAGAGAGCUUGGAAGCUGAGAUCAACAGUCUUGAGAAAACAGUCUCUGACCUGGACAACAUAUCUGCCCUCGAGGAUCACAUCCUUUUCCUUCAGAGUUACCCAUCUCUUCAAGACCUGGACAACUUCAAAGACUCGACAGAGGUAGAGCUUGACACAUCACUGUCUUUUGGCACCAUGAGGAAAACCACAACUACCAUGUUGGAACAAAUUCAACAGAAACUUGAGGAGCUGACUUCCAUUGAACUUCACAGAGUUCCAAAGUUUACAGUGGACGUGAAGCUGGACCCAGCCUCCGCUCACCGGCGCCUUGUUCUUUCUAAAGAUGGGAAGGAAGUGAGAGAUGAAGGGGAGGACCAAGAAGUAGAUGAUGCUCCGGAGAGGUUUGAUCUGUUUGCAAGCAUCCUGGGGCUCAACAGGUUGACCUCUGGGAAGUCAUUCUGGGAGGUGGAGGUCAGCAACAAGACGGGGUGGGACCUGGGUGUAGCGAGACGCGACGCUAAUCGCAGGGGGAAACUCUCGCUGAACCCAGAUAGCGGUUACUGGGUCAUCGUACAAUAUGAGGAGGAAAGGUACGCGGCCAUGACGGCGCCACCAGUUCGUCUUUCCCUGAAAGAGAAACCGGAGAAAGUCGGGGUGUUUGUGGAUUUCGAGAAAGAACUCGUGUCCUUCUACGAUAUGACGGCUAAAUCUCACAUCUACUCGUUUACGGAGUGUUCGUUCAGCGAUGACCUCCUCCCAUAUUUCAGUCCACAUGUCAAACAAGAUGAGAAAAACUCUGAUCCUUUGAUUAUUUUGGCUGGGAAACACUGUGAGCAGGACAUGGACAUAAAAAAAGAAUGUGGAGCCCACACAACUUAAAAGAAUGUGUGGGCUUGGCAGUCAAAACAUGUUUUUGUAGAAUGUGGCGGCUAGAUAAUCAAGUUAUGGAAAAUUUGUAGAAGAUUUUUUUUUUUGGAAAGGUCUGGGUGGUGUUAAGGACCAAGGUUGCAUCCACGAAUCCAUACUAACAUGCUAUUCAGUAACCUUAAACAGUAUGGGAGAUUUUUCAUGCAAACACUUGAAACUGCGGCAUAAAUAUCCUCACUCUGUAACGUCAGUAAUGUGUCAAUGCAAGUGUAAGUAUAAGAUUCCAAUGCUAGUCGUAAUAUAUUUUAAAAUGAGUUCAGAAUUUGAUUCUCGCAAAUCAUCGUUUGGUCACAUGAGGUUGGCUAUCCAAUCGGCUCCCAGGAGGAGACGUGGUAGUAACAGUUCAAUGCGUCCGAAAAAGACAACUCCGAUUUCGGACGCGGGGUAUUUCAAAGUUGUAAACGUAAACAUUCCAAAUGUGCCCCAGUUUAUUUCCAGCUCCGGUGUAUGUGGAUGGUAAACAAAAAAAAUCUGUGUCCGUUAAACUCAUGUUGUGUUGUUUGAGAGAGCUAAUCAAUAUCGUAGCAUAAACCCAAGUUGCAAUGUACCUUGUGUACCGACUAAUACUUGAAGUGUUCACCAGAACAACACCGACAACUGUAAAAAAUGUCUUUAAUGGAGGUCAUAAAUGUCUCACCUCUUCAAGAAGUACUACCCUGAGCCUUCCUCGUAGCACUUAUUGCAUUCGUAUUAGUUUGGUGCACUUAUUGUAUUCGUAUUAGUCUGUUGCAACUAUUGUUUUCGUAGUAACUUGCCUCUGCACUAUACUUUUGCUCUGGCUUAUGCUUUAAGAUGCUUGUUUAAGAAAGGAGAUGCACUUAUGACUUCUGGUGACUAGUAGUUCUCUUGAAUACCUAUGUUGAAUACACUUCCUGUAAGUCGCUUUGGAUAAAAGCGUCUGCUAAAUGACUGUAAUGUAAUGUAAUGAAAUGUCUAUUUUCUAUGGUUAUGGAAACAAAAUGAAAGUCUUAAUCUCAUGAUGUCAUCUUGGACCAGCAGCCUGGUUAAAUGGUUAAGUGGUUAAAUGCAUUCCUGAGUUUUUGGGAUUGCUAGUACACUUAUUAUGAAGAUGAUGGGGGGGCAUAUAGUACAUGUGUGUGUAUAUGUGUGUGCAUAGCCGGAUUAUUUACAAAAUUGGCUGUAAUUAGUUUUAUAUUUUAGAUUCUUCAAAGUAGUUGAAUGAGAAGGUGUGUCCAAACUGUAAUUAACUUGUUUUAAUCUCAAAAAUAAAAUAAAAAGUGAUCAACUUCAA